CUUACCCCCUCUGCCUCCUCCUGCUCUGUCACACGCUCCAUCUUCCUCUGUCUCUCUUUUUUCAUGAUCUCUCCCUUCCCUCGCUGUCUGUCUGUCAGUGUCACUCUGUAGUGGAGAUGUGGAGUGUCUUUCUGUCUCUCUGCCUGUUUCUGCAGCCCUACUCAGCUGAGGAAGUGAUGCUGCUGGACACAACAGAGACUACCUCAGAGCUGGGCUGGACCACCUAUCCAGACACGGGGUGGGAUGAAGUCAGUGUCCUGGAUGACCGAGGGAAGCUCAUACGGACCUUUGAGGUCUGUAAUAUCAACCAGAAUCCUCGGCUGCAGGACAACUGGUUGGCGACGCCCUUCCUGUAUCGUCAGUCAGCUCCCCGAAUGUUUGUGACGUUGCGUUUCUCUGUGCGGGACUGCGCCAGCCUGCGUUCUCCAUCGCCCACCUGUAGAGAAACGCUCACCUUGUACUACAAACAGGCCGACUCCCAGAGGGAGCUGAUGAGGACCUGGGCGGCUGAGCCAUCUAGCGGUGAGACGGAGACCCGGGAGGGAUGGGUGAAGAUCGAUACCAUUGCAGCUGAUAAGAGUUUCUCCAAAGUGGAGCCCAGUUCGCCACACCAGUACCAACCCAACCGAUACAGUCGUAUCAAUGUUAAGACGCGCAGCUUUGCCCCACUCACGCGUAGCGGAUUUGUUUUGGCCAUCGUCGAUAGCGGGGCUUGUGUUUCCCUCAUGGGGGUGUCCAUAUUCUAUCGGCGCUGUUCAGCCACAAGCCUCCACCUGGCGUCCUAUGUAGCGACUCCUUCAGGUGCGGAGCCGACUGCUCUGGUGCCAGUGACGGGGACGUGCGUCCCCCAUAGUAAAUCCCAGGGGGGUGCGCCACCUCGCAUGCACUGCAACGCUGAAGGAGAGUGGAUGGUCCCCGUUGGAGGAUGCAUCUGCGACGAAGGAUUUGAGCCAAAUGUCAACGAAUCUGCUUGCUUACCUUGUCCCGUUGGCUACUUCAAGGCUGUUUCAGGCUCCGUUCCUUGCUCCGUGUGUCCACCCAACAGCAGGACCAGCCUGGAAGGCUCGAGUGUGUGUGAAUGUCGCAGCAGCUUUUAUCGGGCGCCCAUCGAUGCCAACUCCUCUGCCUGCACAACUCCUCCUUCUGCUCCUGUUUCUCUGACCUGGGAGUAUGAAAGCGCUGACGGUGGCGUUUCCUUAAGGUGGCGCCCCCCUGUGGACAUGGGAGGUCGUGCUGAAGUGUGGUACGGGGUGGUGUGUCGCAUCUGCCCCUCACCCACCUUCAGUAACCCAGCCGCGUGCUCCUGGUGUGGAGAGGGCGUGACUUUCAGCCCGUCACAAACCUACCUGAAACAAACUAAGGUCACCCUCAACAACCUGCUGACCAGGGUCACGUAUCUCAUACAGGUACAAGCCAUCAAUGAGGUGUCAGCUCUGAGUCCUUUUCCAGCUCGAUACACAAGCAUCAAUUUCACCACCAGCCAGUCAGUUCCCAGUACAGUUCCCAUGAUGCACCAGCUGAGCCGAGCUUCGGACUCCAUCACCCUCUCGUGGCCUCAGCCGGACAGGCCCAAUGGAGACAUCCUGGAGUACCAGCUCAGAUACUACGACAAGGCACGAGGUUCAGACGUGGACAGCGCCUUGACCAUGUUCAGCGAGACCAACACCAUGACGGUCAACUCCCUGAUCCCCGGCUCCAUCUACGCCUUCCAGAUCAGAGCGCGAAAUGAGCGGGGCUACGGCCCCUACAGCAACACCAUUUACUUCACAACGCUGCCUCUGGAGGAGCAUUCGCACCAGAUCCAGAACCGACUCCCUCUGCUCGUCGGCUCGGUGAUGGGUGGGGCGGCGUUUCUCCUUGUGGUGGCAGCCAUUGUGGUCGUGGUUGUGUUUCGCAGCAAAAGAAGAGAGAGUCCUUACAGCGACAGACUUCAGAGGUACAUAAGUAACCGUGGUGGAGUGAAGUAUUACGUGGACCCUUCUACAUAUGAGGACCCCAGUGAGGCAGUUAAAGAAUUUGCCCGUGAGAUAGAACCAGCUCACCUUAAGAUUGAGGAGGUGAUUGGUGCUGCCCAGUUUGGCGAGGUUUCUCGCGGCCGUUACCGUCCCGCGGGCCGCCGGGAGGUGUUGGUGGCAGUGAAGACUCUACGCUGGGGUGCGUCUGACAGAGAGAGGGGCAUGUUCCUCAGCGAAGCGGGUGUCCUGGGACAGUUCGAUCAUCCCAAUGUGCUGAAGUUAGAGGGUGUAGUGACUCGAUCACCUCCUGAAAGGAUCAUCACCGAGUUCAUGGAGAACGGGCCACUCGAUGCCUUCCUUAGGGAGAACGAAGGCCAGUUUAGUGUCCUCCAGCUGGUUGGGAUGCUCAGAGGGGUCGGUGCAGGGAUGCGUUAUCUAUCUGAGAGAAACUUUGUCCACAGAGACCUGGCAGCCAGAAAUGUGUUGGUCAACUCUAACCUGGUCUGCAAAGUCUCAGACUUUGGCCUCUCAAGACUCAUGAGGGGCCUGGACCACAACAUACCCACAUACACUGCCUCUCUAGGGAGUAAGAUUCCCGUGAGGUGGACAGCGCCAGAGGCUUUUCAGCAUCGUAAAUUCAGCUCAGCCAGUGACGUGUGGAGCUUUGGUGUAUUGAUGUGGGAGGUGAUGUCCUACGGAGAGCGCCCAUACUGGGACAUGAGCAAUCAGGAGGUGAUGAAGGCAGUAGCGGAUCAGUACCGACUCCCUCCCCCCCACAGCUGCCCCCCUGCCCUCCACUCACUGAUGCUUCAGUGCUGGCAGGCCGAGCGGGAGGACCGGCCAGGCUUUGACUCCGUCCUGUCCUCGUUGGAUCGGCUCAUCAGACACCCCGCCUCCCUGAAGGCCGAGCCAACUCGAAGCUGCUCCCAGCCACUGCUUAGCCCCACCCCCACAGACUUAUCGUCAGCGGCGACAGUCAGCGAUUGGCUGAAAGCUCUGAGAAUGGACAGAUACCAGGAAGAGUUUGAUCGAGCCGAACUGGACACGUUAGACAGAGUCAGCAGGCUCACCAUGGAAGAUGUCCAGAACCUCGGCGUGAACCUGCUGGGACAUCAGAGGAAGAUCUUCAGUGCCGCCCAGCAGCUCCAGGCCUUUCUGACGCAAGGGCAGGUGGAGGUCUGAAAUCCAUCCACAGCACCGUCUGCCCCAAGGAUCUGUACGGUUCUCACGCCCCUCUGCAUCCUUCAACACCGUUUCAUUUGAUGGAGCACGUUCAAAACCAAACCAGCCAACAGCGACACUCUGUACUGCAUAUCCUCGUAGAACGUACACCACAACCUGAAGGGGAGAGCAAAGAGACUCUCCUGGGGCAAACAGAGGAGAGGUGCACCACGGGAGGUCAGAAUGACAUCAGGAAGAAGGAUUUAAUGAUUUUUUUGUGCUUUUCACUUGAUUUCACUAAUGUCUGCCUUCCUCUCACUGCGCCAGUCAAACUCCUCCUCUUCCUCCUCAUGUCUGGAUUUCUUUUAGGAAAACUUUUUUUUUUGGUAAGAAUAAACAAAAACCUCAAGGAGAUUUUAUCCCUCAAAGAAUUGCGUGAAGACAAUCAAAGCCUUUCUUUAACUUUUUUAGUUAAACGUGAAGUUUUGUCGCGUUUUCGUAAACUGCCAAAUUACCCUUCAGCAGCACAUGGUGGUCAAGAGUUCCUCCUAUUUAGAGAGGCGUAGUUUGUUUAGUGUUCAAACUAAAUGGCUUUAAACCACAAGUCCAAAAAAGUUAAGUUCAAUCAUAAAAGAUGCUUUUAGAAAAUCUCUAAGCCAUGUUUAAAGGCAGAUCCAGGGUUUGUGUGACUCACUCAGCUGCAAACGCAAACCUCCAUCUGUGACUGAACCAGAAGCACGGCACCUUUACGUGUAGAUGUCAUGCUUCACCUCUUUUUGUUUGACUGACUGAGUAAAAAGACGCCGAGUCGCGGAAGCGUUGUGAAUGUGUGAAAUGGGAAGGAUGGUUAAUAUCGAGUCUGAUUUACACUUGAAGGAAAGAAAAUGCUUUGUGCCCCAUUUGUAACGUGUGUGUGUGUGUGUGUGUGUGUGUGUGUGUGUGUGUGUGUGUGUGUGUGUGUGUGUGUGUGUGUGUGUGUGUGUGUGUGUGUGUGUGUGUGUGUGUGUGUGUGUGUGUGUGUGUGUGUGUGUGUGUGUGUGUGUGUGUGUGAUUGUUUGUCCUGUGUGUCUCUGUGUUGCCCUGCGAUGGACUGGUUCUCUGUCCAGGGUGUACCCCGCCUGAUUGCCCGUUGACCGCUGGAGAUAGGCACCAGCCCCCAGCCCCCCCCCAUUGUGUGUGUGUGUGUGCACGCGUGCUUGAGACAAGUGUGUCAGGUUACACACACUUCUGUUUUCUUGUAUGAGUGUUCACCUUUUUUACCACCUCUAUUCUGUAAUUGUGCAAAUUUGUAAAAUAAAAACAAUUUUAUUUAAAAAUUUUUGGGGU